CUGUGUUAGAGCUCUUUUGGAUGGUCGUCCUCUUUAUGAACGAAGGGAGAGAUUUUUCCAAUUUCUUCAUCUCUGGGUUUUCAUCUCCUUCUUCUUCUUCUGUACCUGUAAAAGGAAUUUUUAGGGUCUGAGUGAUUCUUAUUCUUUUCUAUCAAGUUUGUCUUCGAUUGCUGGAGGAUCAAGAAAGGAGGAGGGGGUUUUGGUAUAGAGACGAGAGAGAAAUAGAGAGAGCGGAAUUAAUGGCCGAAAUAUGCUGUGGUGUUGUUAGCGGAAGUGACACAGCGGCGUCUUGCGAGCCCAGUUCACGAGCAGCAAGGCGUCGGAGAAUGGAGAUUCGUAGGUUCAAGUUCAUCGCCGGCGUGGCCUUACCGCUUGAAAAUGGGAAUAAACGUCCAAAGCUAGAGGUUUGCCCGGAUUUAUCACCGCGUGAGUGUGAGAAUGCAGUUGAGAACUGCGGUGGUGUAGCAGAGGCUCCGGAACCUCGUUUGGAUUUGGAGGUGAAGGACGAUUCACUGGAAACCAACGACGUCUCCAGUGAGUCCCCGGAGUGUUUGACCUUAAGCCUCUGUGGUAAUCCAGCUCCCGUCGAUGUCGUGCCGGAGUUGUUUGACAAGACCCCGAAGUAUGGUACGACCUCGGUUUGUGGCCGGAGAAGAGACAUGGAAGACGCUGUAGCUAUUCACCCCUCAUUUUGCCGGCGAGAUAAUCUACUCCCCUCAGGGUUGCAUUUCUUUGGCGUUUACGACGGUCAUGGAUGUUCUCAUGUGGCGAAAUCUUGUAAAGAACGGCUGCAUCAUCUGGUGAAAGAAGAGCUGGAAAAUCGGGAAACAACUACGGAAGAAUGGAAGGAAGCGAUGGAGCGAAGCUUCUCUCGCAUGGACAAGGAGGUGACGGAAUGGAGUAGCGGUGAACCGAUUACGAAUUGCAGGUGCGAGCUCCAAACGCCACAGUGCGAUGCUGUAGGAUCAACCGCAGUGGUUGCCAUCGUAACUCCGGAUAAGAUUAUUGUCGCUAACUGUGGUGAUUCCCGUGCCGUACUCAGCCGUGGUGGGAAAGCCAUUACGCUCUCCACUGAUCAUAAGCCUGAUCGGCCGGACGAGUUAUCCCGGAUAGAAACCGCCGGUGGCCGGGUGAUAUACUGGGACGUACCAAGGGUUCUGGGAGUACUGGCCAUGUCAAGGGCGAUAGGAGACAAUUAUUUGAAGCCGUUUGUGAUAUCGGAACCGGAGGUGACGAUAACAGAUCGGACAGAGGAAGAUGAGUGUCUGAUACUGGCGAGCGACGGGUUAUGGGAUGUAUUGUCCAACGACACCGCCUGUUGUAUUGCAAGGAAGUGCCUCGAUGGCCAGGCUCCGUCACCUCCUCCAUCGCCGGGAAGUGACGGCGACGCCGGCGAGACUUCCGACAAGUGUUGCUCAGAUGCGUCCGUGUUACUCACCAAGGUGGCACUUGCUAGGCAUAGUACGGACAACGUUAGUGUUGUCGUUAUCGAUCUCAAGAAGGACACGUAGAUGCACGUCGUUCCCUGCUGCUUUUUUUCUCCUUUCGAUUUCUUCUUCUACUCAAUUCGUACACAGUGAAGGGUGUAAUUUUAGGGAUUUAGCCUUUAGGGUUUUUUUUUUUUUUUAAUAAUUUGGUAAUUACUGUGUUUCUAAGGUUGAAGCUGCUCUGGAGACUGGGCCCUGGGGAGAAAGGAAAGAGACGGGAAGGGUUUCUGUAACAGGAAAAAUGGAAACAGAGAUGAAAUGGUGGAAAAAGAAAUGCCAUCAUCUCUCUUGUUUUCUUUGUGGAAAUAUAUAAUUUUUAAUUGGAACAAAAUGUAUUGUAUUAAUUAAUGGAAAUUUUAUUAAGAGAAUCUUCUGUUUUAAUUUUUUC